CUCCCCUUUUUCUUUAUAAAUUCCUCCUCUAAACCUUCUCUUUCUUGUUUGACUCGCGCGAGAGUAAGGGAGAGAAGCCCGGACCCAAAAGCGACAAGAAAGGAAUAAGAGAGAGAAGCAAGACGCGUCGGGCGCCGGCGGCGAACAAGCGGGAAUGGGCCAGUGCUACGCCAAGAAAAUCCCCGUCGUCGAGGACGACCUCCAGCACCAGCCCCCUCCUCCUCCCGCCGCCAACGGCGGCGACGACUCCGUCGGCGCUGCCGUCCCCUCGCCCUCGCCCCGCAGGGGUGGCACCACCCCGGUCCGCUCCUUCGCCGCCAGCCCCUGGCUCAGCCCCUUCCGCCGCAGCUCCUCCGCCAGCCCGCUCCCCGUUGGGGUCUCUCCAUCGCCGGCGAGGGCAACUCCCCGGCCCUUCCUCCGCCGUCCCUUUCCCCCGCCGUCACCGGCCAAGCACAUCAAGGCGUCGCUCGCCAAGCGCCAGGGCGCGCACAAGCCCCGGGAAGGGCCCAUCCCGGAGGAAGGUGGCGGCGGAACGGGGGACCCCCUGGCGGAGCGGCCGCUGGAUAAGACCUUCGGUUACGGGAAGAACUUCGGGGCUAAAUACGAGCUGGGGAAGGAGGUCGGCCGCGGGCAUUUCGGGCAUACGUGCUCCGCCAGGGUCAAGAAGGGCGAUAUCAAGGGCCAGCUCGUCGCCGUCAAGAUUAUCUCAAAAGCUAAGAUGACAACAGCAAUAUCGAUCGAAGAUGUUCGCAGGGAGGUGAAAAUUUUGAAAGCUUUAUCUGGGCAUAAAAAUAUGGUCAAAUUUCAUGAUGCAUGUGAGGAUGCUCUUAAUGUUUACAUAGUCAUGGAAUUGUGUGAAGGUGGAGAGUUAUUAGAUAGAAUCUUAGCCAGAGGUGGAAGGUAUACAGAAGAAGAUGCUAAAGUAAUACUCAUGCAAAUUUUGAGCGUUGUUGCCUUUUGUCAUCUUCAAGGUGUUGUGCAUCGUGAUUUAAAGCCAGAGAAUUUUUUGUUCACAAGUAGAGAUGAAAAUGCUCUUAUGAAGAUGAUUGAUUUUGGCCUUUCAGAUUUUAACAGGCCAGAUGAAAGACUAAAUGACAUUGUUGGUAGUGCCUAUUAUGUGGCUCCUGAAGUCCUGCAUAGAUCGUACGGUAUGGAAGCAGAUAUCUGGAGCAUUGGUGUCAUAACAUAUAUCUUGUUAUGUGGUAGCCGACCCUUUUGGGCACGGACAGAAUCAGGAAUCUUUCGUGCUGUGCUGAGAGCUGAUCCUAAUUUUGAUGAUUCACCUUGGCCUGCUGUAUCUCGAGAAGCUAAAGAUUUUGUGAAAAGGCUUCUAAAUAAGGACUAUAGGAAAAGAAUGACCGCUGUACAGGCUCUAACUCACCCGUGGUUGCGUGAUGAACAGCAACAAGUCCCUCUAGAUAUACUAAUUUACAAGUUAGUGAAAUCAUACCUUCAUGCCAGUCCUUUCAAACGUGCUGCAUUGAAGGCUCUAUCAAAGGCUCUAACAGAGGAUGAACUGAUUUACAUUAGGUCUCAAUUUAAUUUGCUGGAACCAAAUAAAGAUGGGCGAGUGUCUUUGGAAAAUUUUAGAAUGGCACUCUUGCGAAAUUCAACUGAUGCUAUGAAGGAGUCUAAGGUUCUUGAAAUCUUGAAUGCGUUGGAACCGCUCACAUAUAGAAGGAUGGACUUUGAAGAGUUCUGUGUUGCUACAAUCAGCCCUUACCAGCUCGAGGCUUUGGAAAAUUGGGAACAGAUUGCAAGUGCAGCUUUUGAGUACUUUGAGCGGGAGGGUAAUCGAGUUAUCUCAGUUGAGGAACUGGCUCAGGAGCUGAACCUUUCUUCAGCAGCUUAUGCUAUUGUCCGUGACUGGAUCAGGCCAUCUGACAACAGACUCAACUUUCUUGGGUACACCAAAUUUUUGCAUGGUGUGACAGUUCGUAGCUCCAACACAAGACACCACCAUUAGAUAUCCGUUGCCAUUCAUGUAAUUGUUUUUAUUCAUGUCAUUCAUAUAAUACCUGCAGAUCUCUUUUUAUCCCUUUUUUCUUCUUUUAUUUUCCUUGAAGAGAAUGGAUGUAAAAAAUGAGUCAUGAUCAAGCCCUGUUGUGAGUUUCUUUGGGCAACAUUUGUUUUUCAGGACAAUUUUUCAAAAAGAAAAAUACCAUAUUAUAGGCUCUGA